CCACGAUGAUUUUUAAGUUCAUCCAACUUGAGCGAGUUUUGUUUACUAAACAUGGGCCCGGCCACAAACCCCACAUCGGAAACAAAGAUACAUUGAUAAUAACCGUGUAGCCAAACAUACUUCAAACACUUAACGAAUACAGAUUACUGCGUAGCCAAACACUUCUUCAAAUUUCCAAUUCGUUAUCAGCUAUUUCGAAUUCGAACCCUCCUCCUCGUCUUCCUCGCUAAUCCCGCGCUCUCCUGCAAAUUUUCAAAUCUCUCUCUCUCUUCCAUGGAGGAUCACAUUCUUAUCUCCGACGGGGAAGAUCCGGCCACUCCACUCCCAUCACUCUCGAAACGGCCUCGAAAAGAUCCGAUCUCCGCGAUUCUGAUAUCCGAUUCCGAUCCGACGCCGUUCAAGCAACAGCCGGAAUCUUCUUCCACUCCUUUGUUCGUCCCUGAUACACCUCUCUCCGAUGAAUUCUCUCUCGUCAAAUGCUCCUUUGCUUCAAACCGAGAAGAUAAAUUCUCUGGGAAACGAGUGAUAUCUCUGGAUUCAGAGUUUGAGGAUAGUCCUGGACCCGUGCUUGCUGAUAUUGGGUUGGAUUCUGGAUCAAGUGUUGCAGAUUCUGCUGAAAUAACUCAGCCAAGUUUUGGGGAUAAUAUUAGUUGGAUGCAUGAAGUCAGUGUGCGCACUUCACUGACCAAUGAUACUAUCGAGGUUGAUUCUGAGCAAGAGAAAGAAAAUAUAAGCAUUGAGAAUAUGGGUCGAAAAAAGCAGAUCAGAAGUUGUAAGAGUAGGAUUAUUACGGGUGGAGAAUUGCCCAAAAAGCAGCUGUCGAGAGAAGAAAAAAUCCGUGCAAUGGAGGAAAAGAAGUUAAGAAAAGAGGAAGAGAAGUUACAGAAAGCUAUUGAAGCUGAGCGUAAAAAGUUAGAGAAAGAAAAGCAGAAGUGGGAAAAGGGAAAGUUAGCUCUGAAAUCUAUCGUUGCUGAGAUUGAUACCAAAGUAGUCGAAGGAUCCAUUGGAGGACUUCUACUUUCAAGGUUCUCUGAGAAAGGCAUUUCAUUCCGUGUAGCCCCUAAUCCUAUUGAGAGAUCCAUUGUCUGGACGAUGACAAUUCCAGAGGAUAUUGCUCUGGCUUUCCCAGAAGGGCCAACGAUUUGUUAUGUCGUACUAGUGUAUGAGGCUGAAGAAUUUUGUAACCUUGUUGCUGAUGAAAAAUUUCUAGAAAACAUCACAAGAGUUCAGGACCGAUACCCAUCUUAUACGGUGUGCUGUCUCACCAAUAAGUUAAUGUCUUAUGUAAAGAAAAGGGAAAAGGAAGAGUACAAGAACCCGGGAAGCUGGAGACGGCCUCCCAUCGAUGAGGUACUUGCAAAAUUAACUACUCACUAUGUAAGAGUACAUUCCAGAGACUGUGUAGACGAGGCUGAGGUCGCUGAACAUGUAGUUGGGUUAACUACCAGUCUGGCUUCUUGUCAGUUCAGGAAGAAACUAACUAUGUUAUCAGUAAACGCUAAUGGUGCAUUAGUCUCCAAGGAUUCAGUUGACAAACACUUGAUUAAAAAGAGUCCAUGGUUAAAAGCGUUAGUGGCAAUACCAAAGGUGCAGCCAAGAUACGCGGUAGCAGUGUGGAAGAAAUAUCCAUCUAUGAAGUCUCUUCUUAAGGUUUAUAUGGACCCUAGCAUAUCGAUUCAUGAGAAGGAGUUUCUACUGAAAGACUUGAAAGUAGAAGGUUUAGUAGGAGGAGAUAUAAGGUUAGGUGAGGUUUGUUCAAAGCGGAUAUACAGAGUUCUUAUGUCUCCAAGUGGAACCAUUAAGACUGAUGAUGUUGAAAACGGUGCUGCUUUUUUCACACAUUAGGGUCGUAAGCAGUCAAGGUUUUGAUCAAAAACCCAUUUCUAAUAUAAAUUAUAUGUUUGAUUCCUUUUUAGUUUCGAUUCAAAUAUGAAGGUUUGUUCAAAAAAAAAUAUGAUAAAUUUCAAUCAAAUUAGUUAUUUUCUUUUUAGAAAAAAAAAAACAAUCCAUCUCUAAUUGGGUUAUUUAACAUAUUA